AUGGAUGGCCGCGAUUUCGCGCCGCCGCCGCAUCUGCUGUCGGAGCGCGGGAGCCUGGGCCACCGCAGCGCCGCCGCCGCCGCGCGACUCGCUCCGGCCGGGCCCGCUGCGCAGCCGCCCGCGCACUUCCAGCCGGGAAAGUACUUCCCGUCGCCGCUGCCCAUGGCUUCGCACGCAGCCAGCAGCCGCCUGAUGGGAAACUCUCCGGCCUCUUCUUUCAUGGGCAGCUUCCUCACCAGCAGCCUGGGCUCCGCGGCCUCCACGCACCCGAGCGGCCCCACCUCCUCCCCCUCUGAGCAGGCCUAUCGUGGCUCCCACCCGGCCACCUCCCAGAUCUGGUUCUCCCACUCCCACGAAGCUCCGGGGUACCCCAGGUUUUCGGGGAGUCUGGCAUCCACCUUCCUACCCGUGAGCCACUUGGAUCACCAUGGAAACAGCAACGUUCUCUACGGGCAGCACCGUUUCUAUGGAGCCCAAAAAGAUAACUUCUACCUGCGCAACCUGCCCCCCCAGCCCGCCCUCCUGCCCGCCAAUCACAACUUCCCUGGCGUGGCCCGCGCUGCACCCGCCCACCCCAUUGGCUCCUGCAGCCGUGACCGGGGCGAGGCCGGCCCCCUGCAGAAGGGCCCCAAGGAGUUCGACCGCUUCCUCAUGGGCAAGGAGCUGGGCAGAGAGAAGGCCGGCAAGGCGGCUGAGGGCAAGGAGCGCCCGGCGGCCGAGGAGGACAGCGGCAAGGAGCGGCACAAGCUGGUGCUGGCCGACGGGCACUGCAAAGAGGGUAUCCCCGUGCCCCGAGGCACCUGCGAGGGCCGCCCCAAGCACCCCACCUCCUGCCUCCUCAAUGCCAAGGCCCUCGAUGGCGACACAGGCAAGGCCACGUUGGCCAGCUGUGCGGGCGGCACACUGGGGCGGCCUGGAGCAGGGGUGGUGGCGCCCGGGCGCUGUGUGAAGGAGGCGGUGGGGCCCAUGGAGCCCGGGCCAGCCUUCAGCGAGUGCUUGGAGAGGCGGCAGAUGCUGCACCAUGCCGCAUCCUACUCGGUGCCAUCGGGCCUGCCCACCGGGCCUCCCCCUCCCCUGGGCACAGCCACCGGCUCCUUCCCCUGCCUGCAGCUGCAUGGUGGGCCCGACGGGCUCUGCCCACUGCAGGACAAAGUCCCCCGGGACCUGAAGGCCAGCGGGCCCACCUUUGUGCCUUCCGUGGGUCACCUCGCCGACAAAAGCCGCCCUUUCCAGGCGGCUGAGGCCUGUGCCGUGGUGGGUGAGGGCAAGGACUGGCACCUGGAGGGGACCACGGCUUCUGACCACGCUGCGCCCUACGGUGUCUCCUAUGCCCACCUGAAGGCUGAGGGCACGGGCGAGCGGCGGCCUGGGGGCUUCGAGGCAGCCCUCAACCCCCGGCUGAAGGGCCUGGAGUAUCUCAACAGUGCAGGCCCCGAGGCCUCCUUCCCGGGGCUCCCCAAAGGCUGUCUGGACAAAAGCGGCUAUUUCGAGUUGCCUACUCCUUCCCAGGACUGUGCCCGGCCCGGUCACCAGGACCCGCUGGGUGGGAAGGCCGCCCAGGCCUGCUGCACUUUAGAUAAGACCGCCAACAAGGAAGCCCCCACUGGUGCUCCUGGGACCCAGAAGGUGGCCCGGAUCCGGCAUCAGCAGCACUUGGUGGCCCCUGAACCGGAGCCCGGGGGCACUGGGGCCGAGGCCAAGCGCAAGUCCCUGGAGCUGGCUUGUCUGGGCUACGGUGGGUCCCACCUGCCCCAGUGGGGUGUGCAGGCCGGCCAGGGCACCGCCAUGGCCAUCAGCGAGGAGCACAAGGCUGGCGCCUACCUGGACCCCUUCAGCGGCGGCCUGCAGCAGGCGGCACUCCUGUCCCAGGAGCUGCCCACCCCGCCAGGCGAGGUCUCGGCCAUGAAGAACCUGCUUAAGUACAGCAACCAGGCCCUGGUCGUGGGCCAGAAGGCACCGUUCGUGGGCCUGGGCAGCCUCAAGGCCAGCUGCGUUCAACAGGAAGCGAAGUUCCCGUCCUCCAAGGGCCCAGGCCAGGCGGAGAGGCCCGACUGUGCCCGCAGCAGGGAGCACGAUGCCCCGCACGGUGACGGGGAGGCGCGGCAGCCGCCUGUGGGCAUCGCAGUGGCCUUGGCCCGGCAAAAGGAUACGGCGAGCCGGUCAGAGACGGCCUAUGGUGCCAACGCUGGGCGGCAGGGCCGGGCCGCCCCCACAUUCAAAGUUGGCGGGGGGCCCCGCUCUACACACGUGCUGGACCUGGAGGCCGAGGAGGAGAGGACACGGCUGUGUGAUGACCGCCUGGGGCGGGCUGGCCGCGAGCUGCUGCUGCAGGACAACAAAGACCUCGUGGACUUUGCCCGGAUCCACCCGUCAAGCAGCUGCCCUGGAGACCUGACUCCCCACCUCAUGAUGCAGGGUGGCCAGCUGGGUGGGGACUCGGCCCCCCACCCUGCGCAUCCCCCCUGGCUGCCCCGCACGCGUAGCCCCUCCUUGUGGAUGGGGGGACACUCCUACGGCCUGGGGCACCCCGCCCUGCACCAGAACCUGCCCCCUGGCUUCCCUGCCUCUGUGGCUGGUCCCGUGCCCUCCGUCUUCCCCCUCCCCCAGGACGCCCCCACACAACUGGUCAUCCUGCCCUCGGAGCCCGCGCCCCACAGUGCCCCCCACGCGCUCGCGGAUGUCAUGGACCAGGCCUCGCUGUGGCCCUCCAUGUAUGGGGGCCGGGGCCCUGCCUCCCACAUGCAGCACGCGGGCCAGCUCCCCGUCUACUCGCGCUCCCAGCUCCUGCGGCAGCAGGAGCUCUACGCCCUGGAGCUGCAGCGGGCCGCCCAGUUCCAGCGGAAGCCGGAGGACCACCACCUGGAGCUGGAGGAGCCCACCCAGGAGAAGGCCCUGAAGUCCACCCACAAGCCAGUUGCCUUAACCCCCUCGGCCCAGGGCGCCCCCUCGCCUGCCACAGGCCCCAUCAAGCUGCCACCUUGCUGCCACCCACCCACAAUGAAGCCCCCCGCCAGCUGCCCCACGCCCCCGCCGCGGCCCAGCGCCCCGUGCACUUUACCCGUCUGCCCUGCCGGCAGCCCCGGGCCUGGCUCCAAGGUGCCCAGCGCCAAGGACGAGAGUGGGGAUGGCCGGCGGCCCGGGGCCAGCGUUGCCUCGUUGGAACCAGAACUGCCUCCUGGGUACACACGCCCCACGGCCAGCGCUGGCUUCUCCUCCUCCCUGCCCUCAGACAUGCACUCAUCUGACCUCGAGCACCCCGAAACUAUGCAAACCGCCGCCCUAGGGGCCCAGCCUGAGCCUGCAAGGACGUUCCUGCCCGGGGAGCUGCCCCCCUGCGGCCCCGUGAGGCUGGAGGAGCCUGGGCUGCUCUUGGGGGCCAGGGAGGCCGCCCAGAACCUUGGCGCCACCCCUCACCCCGCCGAGCGGGGAGCCCAGGGGAUGGCAGUGGACCCCAGCCCACUUCAGGGGCUGCAAGAACUGCAGUGCGGGGCCCUCCUCGAGGGAGGGGUCCCUGAAGCCACCGUCCAGGCUCGUUCUACUCAGGGAGGGGCGCAAGAGGAGAGAAGCAGGAGGGAGGGGGGCGAGGAGGGGGAGCAAGGGCCCUCGCUGGGGGCCUCCGCCCCGGCCCUGGAGCAGCAGGCAGGGAGCCCGGGCGCCCUGGGUGAGGAGGGGGCGCGGCUGGCCCCAGAGGAGGCCGAGCUGGAGCCCGAGCUGGAGGACUCAGAGGAGGAGCACAGGGCGGCUCCCGAUGACAGCCCCCCACCCAGGGCGCUACCAGGCCUGGACGCCUUGGUGGCUGCCACCAUCGACCUGGGGGACCUGCCCAGCGGUGACCUGCUGGACCCUCAGCCCCUGGCGGCCUGCAGGCCCCCCAGCACAGACGCCCCGCCCAGUAGCUCAGGGAUUCACGGGAUUGCUCUGCUCAGCGAGCUGGCGGACCUGGACACCCAGCGGCAGAGGAGUGAGCAGGCCGUGCCAGAGGAGGAGGAGGAUGUGCUGGCCUUCAACCUGCAGCACCUGGCCACGCUGGCCACAGCCUGGUCCCUGGUGGAGGCCGCCGGCCUGGACGUCCCCACCACCUCCGCACAGCCCCCCGCUGCCGAGCCCUGCGGUGGCCCCAGGCUCACCCCCCGCAUGCAGAUCCUGCAGCGGAAAGACUCCUGGGCCCCCAAGACCAAGCCUGUGUGCCCACUGAAAGCGGCCAUCGACCGGCUGGACACGCAGGAGGUGGAGAUGCGCAUGCAGCUGGCGGAGCUGCAGCGGCGCUACAAGGAGAAGCAGCGGGAGCUGGCCCGCCUGCAGCGCAGGCACGACCACGAGAGAGAGGAGAGCUCUCGGAGCCCUGCACGGCGGGGGCCCGGCCGUCCGCGGAAGCGCAAACACUCCAGCUCACUGCCUGCCCUGCGGCCUGGGGGCCAGCUGGCCAGGACCGACGGCAAGAAAGUCAAGGCAGUGCGGACCAGCCUCAGCCGGCUGUGCGCGGAGCUGCGGGGAGCUGGUGGAGGCAAGCCCAACCCGAAGCGCAGCAGGCUGGAGAAAAGCGUCUAUGCCGGCCUGCAGGCAGGCUCCCUGGAGAAGGCGCGAUGCAAGAAGAGCAGUGGCCAGAGUGGGCUGGGGUCCUCAGUGGCCCACAAGGCAGGCCGGCUGAAGCCGAAAGUCAAGGGCAGGGGGCUGCCCGCGGGCCUUGGCCCCUUCCCGCGGGCAGAGGUGAGCCCAGGGGGGCGCAUCCGCAAGGAGCUGUCACGAGCCAAGAGCGCCAAGGCAUCCAGGGCAGCCCGGCGCGCACAGCCCGAGGGUGACAGCGGCAGGGAGAUGCCCAGAUUCCCCGCGCGGCCGGCGGUGGCCUCGCCCCACGAAGCAGGCAAUGGCUAUGACAGCGAGGACUGCGGGGGUCUCUUGGGGACAGAGGCGCCACCCAGGGAGCCCGGGCUGCAUUCGGGGCCCGGCAUGGCCGUGCUGGGGCCCUCGCCCUCCUCCGUGGUCAAGAUGGAGGCCAACCAGAAGGCUAAGAAGAAGAAGGAGAGGCAGGGCCUGCUCGGGGCCUGCCGCCUGUCCAGCCCCGAGGGCGAGGUGAAGAUCAGGCGGCGGACGGUGAAGGAGAAGGCGGGCACCAAGCUGGAGCGGGCACCAGGGCGGAGGCCACCAGGAGCGCCAGGCAAGAAGAAGGCCAAGGGCGUCCUGCGGGCAGAGCCAGGGGCCACCCCGGGCAGGGACGCCCUCUUCAGCCCCUCCCGGGCCUUGGCCUGCCACGAGGAGGGCAGCAAGCUGGCCAGCGAGCGCCUCAAGAGGGCCACGCGCAAGAGCACCAUGCUGCAGCCAGUGCUGCGGCGGAAGAACGGGGCCUUGUCCAUCGCCCUGGCCGCCCGCAACGCCAAGGCCAUCCUGGGCAAGGGCCGGAAGCUGGGCAAGGUGAAGAGCAAGAGGGUCCGCAAGCAGGGCAAGGGCCGGGCCGUGAGCCGCCUGCUGGAGAGCUUCACGGUGGAGGAUGACUUCGACUUUGAUGACAACAGCAGCUUCUCCGAGGAGGAGGAGGAGGAGGAGGAAGAGGAGGAGGAGGCCAGUGGCCCCCUGAGCCUGGAACAGAGCGUGGCCCUGGCGCGCUCCUGCACCAUCCACAAGGAGGACCUGCAGGACGGGCUGCCCGUGCUCAUCGCGAAGGAGGACAGCCUGCUGUACGCGGGCAGCGUCAGGACCCUGCAGGCCCCCGACAUCUACAGCAUCGUCAUCGAGGGUGAGAGGGGCAACCGGCAGAGGGUCUACUCGCUGGAGCAGCUGCUGCAGGAAGCGGUUCUCGAUGUGCAGCCGCAGUCUAGCCGGUACCUCCCGCCUGGCACCCGGGUCUGUGCAUACUGGAGCCAGAAGUCUCGCUGUCUGUACCCAGGCAAUGUGGUCCGAGGCAACUGUGGCGAGGAGGAGGAGGACCUGGACUCCGUGGUGGUGGAGUUCGACGACGGGGACACAGGCCACAUCGCCGUCUCCAACGUCAGGCUCCUGCCCCCAGACUUCAAGAUCCAGUGCACAGAGCCCUCCCCGGCUCUGCUCGUGUCCAGCAGCUGCCGGAGGACCAAGAAGGCCUCCAGCGAGGCCCCCCCGCCCAGCGAAGCCACCGCCCCCAGCCUGUCCCCCAAAGUGCAGGACAGCUCCGAAACCUCAAAGACCCCCGGGAAGAAAUCCAUGAGCAAAGACAAAGCUGGCAAAGCCGAACUCCUAACCUCAGGUGCCAAAUCCCCCACGGGGGCCUCAGACCACUUCCUGGGUCGCCGGGGCAGCCCCCUGCUGAGCUGGUCUGCGGUGGCGCAGACCAAGCGGAAGGCGGUGGCCAAAGCCACGGCGGGCAAGGGGCCGGGGGUGUUGCAGAACCUCUUCCAGCUCAACGGCAGCGCCAAGAAGCUGCGGGCCCACGAGGCUCUGUUCCCCGUGCACAGCGUCGCCGCGCCCGUGUUCGGCAACAGCUUCCGCGCCGACUCCUUCAGCAGCCUGGCCAGCUCCUACGCGCCCUUCGUGGGCGGGGCCGGGCCAGGCCUGCCCGGGGGAGCCCACAAGCUGCUGCGGGCCAAGAAGGCCGAGCGGGCGGAGGCCGAGAAGGGCGCACGGCGACGGGCGGGCAGUGAGUUCCUGGUCAAGCUGGACCACGAGGGCGUGACGUCCCCCAAGAACAAGAACUGCAAGGCGCUGCUCAUGGGGGACAAGGACUUCGGCCCCAAGCUGGGGCGGGCCCUGCCCAGCCCUAGCUACGCGCAUCCGGCCCUGGCGGGCAAGGACAGGAAGGGGCGGGCGCCCAUCCACCCGCUGCCCAUGGGGCUGGCGCUGCGCAAGUUCGCGGGCCAGGCCGAGUACCCGCUGCCCUGCGACAGCGACUGCCACAGCUCCUACUCGGACGAGGACGAGGACGGGCCGGGGCUGGCGGCCGGCGUGCCCUCCCGCUUCCUCACCCGCCUGUCGGUGUCAUCGUCCUCGUCCGGCUCGUCCACCUCGUCCUCCUCGGGCUCCGUGUCCACCUCCAGCCUCUGCUCCUCGGACAACGAGGACUCGUCCUACAGCUCGGACGACGAGGACCCUGCCCUGCUGCUGCAGACCUGCCUCUCCCACCCUGUGCCCGCCCUCCUGGCCCAGCCCGAGGCCCUGCGCGCCAAGGGGGGCCCCCACACGCACGCCCAGCGCUGCUUCCUGUCCAGGGCCACGGUGGCCACGGGCGCCGGCCCCAGCGGAGGCAAAUCCAAGCUCAAGCGCAAGGAGGCCCUGAGCUUCUCCAAAGCCAAAGAGCUUUCGCGGAGGCAGCGGCUGCCCUCCGUGGAAAACCGGCCAAAGAUCUCAGCCUUCCUGCCUGCCCGGCAGCUCUGGAAGUGGUCAGGGAACCCCACACAGCGGCGAGGCAUGAAGGGCAAGGCCAGGAAGCUGUUCUACAAGGCCAUCGUCCGGGGCAAGGAGACGCUGCGAGUUGGGGACUGCGCGGUCUUCCUGUCGGCCGGGCGGCCCAACCUGCCCUACAUCGGCCGCAUCGAGAGCAUGUGGGAGUCGUGGGGCAGCAACAUGGUGGUGAAGGUCAAGUGGUUCUACCACCCCGAGGAGACCAAGCUGGGCAAGCGGCAGUGCGACGGCAAGAACGCUCUGUACCAGUCGUGCCACGAGGACGAGAACGACGUGCAGACCAUCUCCCACAAGUGCCAGGUCGUGGGGCGCGACCAGUACGAGCAGAUGGCACGGAGCCGCAAGUGCCCGGACCGGCAGGACCUCUACUACCUGGCUGGCACCUACGACCCCACCACAGGGCGCCUGGUGACGGUUGACGGCGUGCCCAUCCUGUGCUGAGCCCGCCUGGCAGCCGGCCCGCAGCGCUGAGAGGUCAGGCCGAGCGCCAGGGGCGUCUGAGCAGAUGCGCGAGCCUGCCAGGCAGGGUCCGCGCUCCCCUGUGAUUUCCCUGGAAAGAGAGAGCUCCCGGCCCGGUCCCGUCCCAUCCGCUGCAGAGGGUCGUGCUGUGCCCCUGCUGGGACCGUGCCACCGGCCUGCCCGCCCCACCCGCGGGCGCUCUGUUUUCCGCAUCGGCAGUUCACGAGAGAUUAGAAUCCAAGCCAUACUUCCCUAGUACCUCCGACUGUCUCCCACCAGGGAAAGCAGAAAUCAGGUGUGUUGUCUAUUUAUUUCUCUAUGUAAAUAUUGUA